AUGGAUUAUUUACUUGAAGACUGGAAAUCUUCGCUCGCGUCCAUUGCGACUACCCUGCUUGAUGGCAAUCCGACUGCAAUCUUGCUAGCGCUCGUCGUCACACUCACUCUACCUAUUCUCUUGCAUUGGAUAAUCUAUCGCAAAGCAGCCAGCCCACCUUUGUCUACUUUUGUGUUGCUUGGACCGAGUGGAGCUGGAAAGACUGCGUUUCUAUCUUUGGUCGAGUCGUCUUCUUUAUAUAAAGCCAAGACACCAUCCCACAGUACUCAUACUUCGCAAACAUCCACCUCCACAACCGUGACCUUACCCCCCUCGGUGCCCAUAUUUUCCAAUCGGUAUCGCUCAGUGAACGAUCCCAGUCUCCCCGAUGCCAAAAGAAAUGCAGUCAAAUAUGUCCUGCGCGAUACACCGGGCCACGGUAAAUUGCGAUCCGCGCAAUUGACUCAACUGCAAACGGAGCUCAGCUCAAAGAGUAAGAAGGAAGCUUCAUCGAUCUGCGGAAUCAUUUUCUUCGUGGAUGCUGCUUCUUUAGUAGAGGGAGCGGAGAAUCUGCGAGAUUAUGCGGGUUACUUAUACGAUAUUCUACUUGUACUGCAGAAAAUUGUGUUGAGUAAAGGCAAACUGUCCAAGAAAGCAGGAACGAACUUUCCUAUCUUGGUAGCUGCGAAUAAGCAAGAUUUAUUCACGGCUCUACCACCUGGUUCUGUCAAGCAAAAGCUCGAGUCUGAAAUUGACCGGAUUCGACAGACGCGUCAAAAGGGUCUUUUGGAUGCUAGUGCUAAUCCGGAACAUGAUGAGGAUGGAGAAGAGGUUCUAGGCGGAGAUGGUGAUAAAUUCACGUUCCAUGGAUUGGAGGAUGAUAUCGGUGUCAAAGUAGACGUUGUUGGUGGAUUCGCCAAGGCUGAGAAUGAGAAGGAUGGUGUGAGUGCGACUGGGAUUCGGAAAUGGGAAGAAUGGAUCGGAUCGUGCCUGUGA